UACGUCACGCAAUGGGCGGGGCCAAGCAGGAAAGCGGAAGAGACGAACAGACGUGUAAGGUGCUGGCAGGUAAACUGUAGCCAGGCCUGGUAUAUAGCGAGGCAGCGACUGGACACCGUUUGGAGGAUGUUGUGCUGCGUUAGCUGCCUGAUUAGCCUGUUUGUGGUUGGGUGCCUGGGUAACAAUGAUACAAGCAGUACAGCCUCCCCUCACACAGCUACUGCCUUGCCAACACAGCAUGUCGUAGUAAUGAACUUCUGGAACAACUUCCAGGUGAUGCAGAGAGCUUUUUAUGUACUGAUAGGCGUCAGUGUGUUGGCUGUGCUCUACUUCGUCAUCCGGACAGUACGAUUAAAGAAGAAACCUCUAAGAAAGAAAUACGGCCUCCUGUCAGAUUACGAUGAGAACAUGGAGAUGGGAUCUCUUGACAGUGAUGAGGAGAAGAUCUACGAGGCCAAGAGCCUAAGAAGGUGAUCAUUACAGAGGUUUUGCAGGUCCCUCCAGCUAGAGAUCCCAUUGAUGCUUAUGAAUAAGUCUAUUCUUGUGAUGGCCCAGGCUGUCUACUGGCAGUGAAGAGUAUUGAGAGGAAAUGAAUGCUAGUGACCUGAUACUACUAAUUGAAACAAUUGGGCUUGGAUAGAUAUUAACAGACUGUGACAUCGUACCAUGUGGAGAAAAUACUGCUGGUGGAAUUCCAUGUAGUGCCUAAUGAGAAGAUGAAGAAACGGUGCUCUGUCUUCAGCACAAAUGCAAACAUUCCCUUUUAUCCCACAAGAGGCUUUUUCUUUUAUGCUCCGUCUUUGUUAAAGCUCAUCAGUUUUGCAUCUAUCAGAGAACACAUAAUUAAAUGCUUGUUUGCCCUUUGCUGUCUGUGAGAUCGGCAUGAAUGUUGAGGCAUGGGAGGAGUAGAAGUUUUUCCAGCUCUACUGGUGUUCUCAUAGUUGCUAUAAUGGGGGCUAAUUUUGUAACAGACAUUUAUUUUUACAACAUAAAUUUUUAUUAAUUAAAAAAAUUAACAAAAAAAGUA